ACAAAUUGGUAGGUCUUCAUUUUUCAGUUAUCACGUGUGCGGGAUGUAGCGCUUACAGUGAUGACGUGUUUUAAAGCUGCGCGCUCAAGGCCUCCCGCAGAGAUGUCGUCACAGAGCACGCCCCCGGGCUGCCGUUCUACACUAUUGCGGGGCGACCGUUGAGUUUGGAACACGGGGACGAGCACGUUGGGCGCACUCACGCAAAGUUCAAUUUUGCGCGCGUAUUGCAAACCUCAACCAGAAAACAGCCGAGAAAUAAGAGUCCGACUAAGUAAAUAAAAAUCAAAGCUUUGGCAGGAAGCAUAUGUCCCGGUACAUCUAUAGGAGCACUGGGUGUUAAAAAUGACGAAACGGGAGGCAUUUUUACAAGCUGUCAGCAAAGAAUAUGUGGACGAGUUUUUGAAAUUUAUAAAUCUGAGUAAGGACCGUUCAGACCCAUUUGAUUUGGAUGAGCUGCUUCAAGAGUUUCCCAAAAAACAGAAGGAGCAAUUAUGGGAGAAUCUGGGGAAGCUCUUGACAGAUGUUUUACUGGAGUUUCCCAUGGAGAAGUGGAACUGUGAGAUUGAUGAAGACAGUGCUGAUGAAAUGGAAGUGGAGGGCUCAGACGACUUGAAACAGACUAUGUCAGUGAUUGAAGGUGUGGUUAUGGUAGCUUGUGCUUCUGUUCGUGUAAUUGAUGAGGAUGUGACCUAUGGGGCCCUGCUAGAAAGUGCCAUUAUAUUAAAUGGUAUUUUAGAUGCUUUGCCUAAAUCUCAGUUGUUUUUGCAAAUUUCGAUCCAGCGACUGUGUGAGUCUUGGUGGGAAAAGGGACUGGAAGGAAAAGAAGAACUUGGAAAAACUGCAUUUCUUAUGCUUUUGGAAAAAAGUCUUUUACUUAAGAAUUCGGCUGCAGACAUACGUCGACUGUGGAACCUCCACCAGGCACUGCUCAGCUUUGACUAUGACUCUGAAGACAGCAGAGAAGUGAAGGACAUGCUGCUACAAUGCUUUCUGAGUGUGAACCAUAUCAAAAGGGAAGAGGGAAGAAGGUUUCUGAGUUUCCUCUUCAGCUGGAAUGUGAACUUUAUAAAGAUGAUUCAUGGAACUCUUAGAAAUCAACUUCAGUUUUUUCCAAAAUCCAUCACAGUUCAUGUUGCAGAACUUUACUUCCGAGCAUGGACAAAAGCAUCUGGAGUCUUUUUACAGGAAAUUGAAAAUGGCUGCAUCCAAGAUUUAAUGCACCAUGGAGUUCAUCUGCACAGGAAUUCCCCUGUUAAUUCCAAAGUGAGGCAGAUUCUGAGUUACUUCCACAAACAGAAGCAUCGCCAAGGAGUAGAAGAAAUGCUAUACAGAUUAUACCAGCCUAUACUAUGGCGGGGGCUGAAGGCCAGGAAUUCUGAAGUCCGUGCAAAUGCCGCUUUGUUGUUCACUGAAGCAUUCCCUGUUCGAGAUCCGAGCUUCGAUAAUGAGGUCAUGGACAGUGAAAUCCAGAGACAGUUCGAAGUGCUUUUUAGUCUUCUUGAAGACCCUCAGCCUCUAGUUCGUUCGACAGGGGUACUUGGUGUAUGCAGAGUAGCUACCAAGUACUGGGACAUGAUCCCCCCCACCAUCCUCACAGACUUCCUUAAAAAGCUGAUUGACCUGGCUUCUGACGUAAGCUCUGCUGAUGUCCGCUGUUCUGUCUUUAAGUGCAUGGCAAUGGUAAUGGAAAACAAGCUAAGCCAUCCAUUGCUUGAGCAGCUCUUGCCAACUCUGAAAAACAGCCUUCAUGACAAUUCAGAGAAGGUGCGUGUGGCCUUUGUGGAUCUCCUGCAGAAAAUUAAAGCUGUCAGAGCGGCCAAGUUUUGGAAAGUGUGCCCGAUGGAACAUCUUCUGGCCCGGCUUGAGACAGAUUCCCGGCCAGUCGCUAGGCGGAUUGUGAACCUUCUUUUCAACUCUUUUCUUCCUGUUAACCAAUCGGAAGAAGUUUGGUGUGAACGUUGUGUCACUCUCAUACAGAUGAAUCCCAUGGCAGCAAGAAAGUUCUACCAGUAUGCCCACGAACAUACUGCUCCUACUAAUAUAGCAAAGCUGAUGCUCACAAUUCGCCGAUGCUUAAAUGCUUGUAUCCAGAGAACAGCCAGAGAAGACCAAGAUGAUGCCGAAAACAGUAACAAGGAGAAUACAAGUGUCCUGGAACAUGUUCUGUCCAUUAAUGACACAGCCUCCAUGGCCAGCUUGCUGGAAAUCACAGUCAUACUUUGGAGAAGUAUCCGCAAAUCACUAGAAAUGAAUAAAGAGGCCCUUGUCUACACAACAAGCAAGUUUGCAUCUGUGCUACCAGAGUAUUUCCGAGUGUUUAAGGAGGAUCGUUGCAUGGCACCAUUAAUUCUACUAGCUUCCUUUAUGCCUGCUGCAGCUGUCCCUACUUUCAGCUGCGGGGUUGUCUCAAAGCUGAGAAGCUUGGAAAAAGGAGCCACUGAAAACCAGUACUCUUCACUCAUAGACUGCCUUUGCCAGUGGGGUCAAGUUGGACAUGUUCUGGAGGUCAUUACAGACUGGCUAACUGAGGCUAUGCCACUUAAACAGAGCAAAAGGGACUCAGAGCGCAGAGUGCGCAUACAGGAGGUGGUGGAAGCCAAACCAGACUUGGCCCUUGAUUAUGUUGAAUACAUGAUCACCCACGCAAUGAAUCGGGACUGCCUGCUUUCUGUACCACAGAAGAAAUUAAACCAUCUUCUGAAAGCCCUUGGCGAGGUAUUCUACUCAUUUAUAAGUUCACCUGAGACAGGCUCCUGCAAAAUAGACAAAGAAACUGCUCUGAGGGCUUUUUUGAUUCGUGGUCGACUGAUCAUCCAUCUUCAGCAUAAAUAUAACACAGAUGAAAGGACUUACCUCUUACUUCUGGAAAACACUGCUGCGUGGACAAUUGAGAAGGUGCUGCCAUUCUUAAUAAAUCCAAUAUGUGAAGAUGAAGCAUCAGAACAGAAGACUCUGGUUGCAAAACAGGCUGUUGAAGCAUGUCUGGCCGUUUGCAAAGAUGUGAUUAUGGUUGGCCUUGCUGACCCAGAGUUUCAAGGACAGAUUCUACGGUUUUCCCUGUCUGUGCUGCAAGCGGAGAGGGGAUACAUGUGUGUGCCGUUGCUCCUUUCUGUCCUCAAGGAGAUUACUGAGAACUGCCUGGCCCUGACUGUUCAAAACCAAAACGAGGACCUGCUGGUUCUCCUUAACAUCGCCCAGAAUGUCUUCCAAAAAAUCCUUGAAACAGCUGCGCGCAGACUGAGGAAGCAGCGUGAAGAGGCCUUGCAGUUGCUCCAUUCUGCUCACGUGAUGCUUGCAGAUUUCAUUAAUGUCGUUCAGGACUGGCAUGCUGCUAAUGUGUUGAUACUUCAUGGUGUGUUCUCAACCAUUCUUGCUGCAGUACUUGUGGAGUUAAGCAAUUACUUGCAGAAGAUUUCGCAUGCGGAGGAGCUAACCCCUCCUGAGACAGUUCAAGACCUGCCUCCACUUUCAAGCACAUUACUUGCAAUUAUUAUGAAAUCUCCAAGUCUGAUCAGGUCAUUUCUUUGUGAGUUAAAUGAGUCUGUUGAUUCUGAAGCAGUGGAAGGUGUUGUUGGAUUGACUGCAGUCCUAUGCAUCUUAACAGUGGUCAGGCAGGGUAAAUGUAAAGGAUCUGAAAUUAAGAGUUCUGCAGCCUCAGUUCAUAUCAAACUGCAGAAGUAUUAUGAAGUUAUGGCCGAAGCAAGUGAUAAUAUUGAAAGAGCAAUAUAUGAAUCGGCUCUUAAGAUUGGAAAUGACAUCUUGCAGCCAUGAUGUGAUUUGUGUGCAUGAUUUUGGAUUUAUGUUUAAGAAAAUGUUUCAUGUAUGUAAUCAGAAAACAACCAGAUAGAUUUUACUAUGAAAUAAGCAUUAUUCUACAUGGUUGAUGUAUAAUGAUUAAAGGAAUAAUGCUAAUUCAUAUAUAUAAAAAUAUACGUCUGUAUACUUAGAAAAAGAAAGUGAUAUUGCCAUACCAUACCUAACCAUGUAGGUUAAGCGACAACAAGAAUAUCUGUGACUUGUAGGUGUGGGUGUGUUCAGUUUGUUUUGUUUGUUUUUUGAUGAUCUCUAGAAAUUGUUGUACAACAAAACAUGUGAUUGUUACUUCCUUCCAGGAUUGCUUCAUCACAUAGAAAAAAAAUCAACACUGAACUGCUUCAAUGCCACUAUUUGUAGCAACAAAAACCAAUCAAGCUGUUUUGAAGUUGAUCUGAAUGUACAGUUUCAAAGAAGUUUGUUGCAGUGAAGGGUAUUUCCAUGUUGGCCAGAUUAUUUUUGUACUUACAUUUAUUAAUGUGUUGCUAAAACUUUGACCUUAUCCCUUUCUCAUACAGUAAAUAUAUUACAAAAACAUAUCCAUUGCUUUUUGUGUGUUAUUUUGGUAUUUUUAUGAAGAUGAUACAUUGUGACAAUCCAUGCAAGUCAUUGAAUUUCUGGACAUGAAAAUAAUGUUGUCAAUGAUCUAAGAAUUAUGAUAUUUUAUUCAUGCUGAAGUGUUGGUACAUUAUAGAUGUCCUUUUUAGUCAAGUGAAUUGUAGUGAGCUGUGUUUGUUGUUGAAAUAUGACCAGUAUAUAAUAAUUGGAAGUUUACAAUGUUAAAAUAUUAUUGUAUUCUACUACAUUCUGUAUCUAUUACAAGGCUGGCCUGUGAAACAUAAACUAUAUUAUGAUGAAAUGAGUACUUUGUCUAAGUGGAACAUGAGUGGCAGCGUGUUGCAGGACACAUUAAUGGGGAUGCAUAGAAUUUGCUCUUAGAAAUAGCAUUAUGCUAUUUUUAAAAAAAUGUUUAAUAAAAAAUAA